CCAGUUACAACUAAAGCAUGACGUAGCAAUGUGUUAGACCAAUCAACAAUUUGUAGUAGGCCGCCUGCGCUAUCCCGCGCAGGGAACUUUCCCCUCCCCCCCUCUUUUUCCUAGGAAGCGAGAGCUGUACGUGAACACGCUGUUAGUCGUGAGCGGUGGAUCCACCGGCGAUUUCAGAGGCCGCCAAAAUGUAAAUUGCUUUAAUUUAUUUUUUAAAAUUCUUCCUUAAUAAUUGCCUAGGUAAUUCAAAAUUUUAAUGAAUAAUAAUGUUUUUCAAAAUUUGAUCUAACAAGUAAUGGAAAACGCGAUAGUUAAUUAGUUUGUUUUUUUCCUCCACGUGCACAUUUUUUCCCCCACGUGCACAUAUUUAUUUUUAAUUCCCUCCACUCCAGAAAACUAGUGUAUACUUGGUUUAGUGAAAAAGUUGUGUGGAAAAUUUAUCUGAAAUUAUAUACGAUGUAUCGUCAGGCCAUUCUGCAAAUUCUCCCUAAGUGGCAUUUUUGGAACAACAGAGUAUGUUUUUCUCAUGUGCGACUUAAGGAGAACUUCCAGAAGACCUUAGAAGUUAUCAAGGAAAGCCACAGAGCCCUUAAAUUCUGUGGUAUUCUCAUAAACGCCAAAGAAAUCACUCAAGAAUCUGAUUGUAUCUCUCUUCACCCUUCCCUAGAUGUUACCCUGAACAAAGAUGAGUUAGCAGCUCAUUCAAUUAUCUGUGAGCUAAAAGAAAUCAUUCAUAAAGAUAAGCCUGAUUUUAUUCUAAUUGAUACGAUCUUAAAAGCACUUAAAAAUAGCUCUAAUGAAACACGUCAACAGCUUAUUUCACUUCUUUUUAGUAUUGAUGCGGUUAAUUUCUUGAAUCCCAAGGGCCAGAGUUUAAAAGAAUACUUGAAAUAUUUUAUAAGUGAUGUUGAAUGCUUUUUUAGAAAUGCAAAUAAGAAAAUUCCUAAUCUGUUUUUAGAUACCCAAGGAGCUUUAAAAAUGGUUGAAGCUAGAUUAUUUGAUCAUUUAGGGCAAAAUAUGUUAAAUGAUGGAUAUAUGUCUUCAAUCUUUUAUCUGUAUUCAAUAGUGUCCGAUGUAAUUUUUGAGGAAGGUAAUCACUCCGAUGAUCAUAAUAGAGAAAUCGAAGUUUUAAUGUCUGAUGCUGUUUCACUAAUUUCAACUAGGUUGUUACUACUGAAUAGUGCCUCAAAAUCUAUUAUAGAGAAACAUUUAUUGGCGCGAAGAUCUUCACUUGCUAUUGACGGAGAUGAUAUUAAUUGUGAAGAGUUUUAUUUGCAGGAGUUUAGAGAUUGCUACUAUUUUUUGGACAUGGUGCCUUUUUAUUAUAUGUCAAGAAAAGAGAGACUCUUGCAGCACUUGAAAGACACUAAGAGUAGUAACAAUGCCUGGGAGUUUUGUGAAUUGCUUAGGUCUAUAAAUAAACUUAAUUCGGAUACUGAUAUAAAUAAAAUAUAUUUAAAUGAUGUUUUACUUUUCAAUCGUAUUAAAGACAUAAUUCAUGCUGAAAAACUUAAUUCGGAUUCUGAUACGAAUAAAAAAUCUUUAAAUAGUAAUUUAAUUAUGAAUCGUCUUAAAGACAUAAUUCAUACUGAAAAACUUAAUUCGGAUACUGAUACGAAUAAAAAAUCUUUAAAUAGUGAUUUAAUUAUGAAUCGUCUUAAAGACAUAAUUCAUUCUGAAAAACCUGAGUAUAACAUAAACAAAUUUAUCUUGAUGUCCCUAAAGAAUAGAACUCAUGACUUAAAAGAAGUAAGUAAGUUUAUAUCUCGAUUUCUUUCGGAUAUUGAUAACUUUGACUGUGGAAAACAUAAUUCAGAAGAAUAUUUAAUGCAUUUCAUACAAGAAUUCGAACGUCUUAUUAAUUUGUAUGGUUAUAGUAUUGAUCAUUAUUAUAGUUAUAAUAUGCGUGUCAGAAACAACAGAAAUGCUUUAGAAAAAAUUUCUACUACUUUAAUGGAGAUUAGAAGGAGCUGUACAGCAGACCUUUUAAGAGCAUUACGCCAUAAAUACCAAUUGCAUUUCUUCGACGAAGAGAAGAAAAAAAUUGGAUUUUUGAUGGUAGAGGCUAUUACACCUAUUGAAAAAUUUGUAUAUAGAACCAGUGGUAUUCAAACGCACUGUAAGAUAAAAAGUUUUUUGUUGUUACGAAGAUCCUCCCUUCAGUAUUUCAGAGAUUUUUUUGAUUCAUUUCCUGUUGAUGAAACUCCAUUAAAACGCUCUGAUAUGAACAGGAUAGAUUUGUGCAUCGAGAAAAUAGAUAGGGAUAUUGAUAAUAUGUGUAAAUAUGCUGAAAUUUGUGCUUAUCUGGAAGAUGAGGAUGAGGAGUUUUAUAUCGAAGAUUUCGAAGAACACGAUGACCUCAAAGAAGAUGGCGCAUCUACAAUGCCUGAAUCACAUGUGUGGUGGGCUAAGUGUUCUGAAACCCUAAAUCGUUUAAGGAUUAAUCAAUUUCUUAAUCAACUUUGUUAUUUCUCUUGAGCUGUAAUAUGACAUUCUAAUAAAAAGAAAUUUCUGUAUGUAGCAA